AUGGCUUGGAAAUCUACUUUCCUUCUAACAUCUCUCUUGGUUGGCUCUUAUGCCACACCGCUUGCACUUCACAAUCACGCUCGCUCCGAGAAGAUAGCCUGGGGCAAUUGCGAAGACGAAGGAGUCACUGCGCCAGCUCAAUGCGGAAACUUGACUGUGCCGUUGGACUACACCGAGCCUGACUCAGGCAAAACGCUCCAGCUUCAACUUCUCAAAGUCCCAGCUACUCGUGAACCGAAGAAGGGAACCAUUCUGUUCAACUUCGGCGGACCGGGUCUCGAGGCAAGGCUUUCUCUGUUUGGAGAUGGCGAUAUAUUACAAGCAGAAACUAACUGA